AGAAAAACUAAUCAGCCACUGAUAACAAAGAAGGUAAACGAUGCGCGGUAGUCCCCGUUACAAUAUGGCGAUUCGUGGUGUGCGAAACAGGUAGCCGCUUCGUAAUUUUUAAACUAUAAAUCGUGGUUGCGCAAUUGGUAGGUGGUUGUGAAUUGAAAUUUAUGACGAUAAAUGGCAUUAGUUCUGUUUCGCGCGGGACGAAGGCUGACUCUGACCGGUGUCGCAAGGAAUAUCACGAUUAAAGAAUCAGCAAGAGGGUCGAGAAGAUCGAUCAUGACUUCUGAACGAAAGCUAGAAAAGGCUUUAGACGAGUUGAAGACGAAUCCUUAUUUUGAAAAGUAUGCCGAGAAAAUAUCUAAGUUGCAAGAAACAAGCCCCGAAGAAUUUCUGAAAAAAAUUGCGGAGAAAGAGAAGAAGUUACGAGUCGAUAAAGAAAAACGUGAGCAAGCGCGAAAGUUUCAGCAAGCUUCUCAGGCAAAACCGUCUCUACCAGGCAUCAAUGUUGGCUUGCAAAAAAAAGAUGCUCGUCUUAAUGAUGUUAUGAAGGUUGAGCUGAUAGAGGGAAAAAGCAGAGACGAGAUUAUUCAAAUAUGGCAGGAAUAUCACAGACAAAAAGACUGCAUAUCGGGAGCGAUGUCUGCGCAACAAUACAAGAAACUCUUUGAGCGCGGGAAAGAAUAUCCUACAUUUUUGCUCCCCUUGCCUCGUUCAGAAGGGUACGAAUUUAUUCUGUCUCAAUUUUACGAUACCGAGAUACACAUGACUCCGUUAUUAUGGUAUCAAGUUCACAAAGAAAAUGCUCCAGAGUGUCUCUCAAUGACACAUUACGCCGAACUUGCAGAGACAAAAGAUCUAGUGUUGAUGAGAGGAGAAUUCGACACAAACUCAAUAAACGUCCAAGAAGCUCAGUGCUUGGUAAAUGAAUUGCAGCUGUAUUAUGCCACCGAUGAUCCUGAUCGGCUAAGAAUGUUGGAAAAAUUCACUAAGAAACCUGACGAUUUCAAGCAUAUGGAUUUAAUAGCAAAUUUAGAAACGAUUUCACUUGUUCCUACCUCUGAAGCAGUUAAUACUAGUUCGGUUGGUGGUAUUUACUGGUCCUUUACUGCCAAAGUGUUCCACCGUGCUGGACAAUUUUUCGUAAACGGCGUAAACUCACGUAAACAGUGUGAGAAAAUGACGAGUCCGUUGAUACAAAAAUUAUUAGUACUUAACUUGAAUAAAACAUGGAAGCAAAGAUUAAACAGACAUUAUUCGAAAGUAACCUCAUCGAACUUUUACGUGACAACACCAAUAUUCUACGUAAAUGCCGGACCUCACAUAGGCCACCUUUACAGUGCUAUAUUGGCCGAUUCGUUGGCCAGAUAUAAGUCGAUGCUUGGGUACUGUGUGCAGCUAAGUACUGGCACAGAUGAGCAUGGAAAUAAAGUAAUGCGAGCUGCUGAGGCGUCAAAACUUCCUACUGAACAAUAUUGUAAACAGAUAUCGCAGCAUUUUAAAGAUAUGUGCCACUCAUUCGACGUUGGUUAUACAGAAUACAUCAGAACGACAGAGCCACGCCAUUCAAAAGCUUUACAUCAUUUUUGGAACGUGUUGAAGGAGAAUGGCCACAUUUAUUCUGGAAAAUACUCAGGGUGGUAUUGUGUAGCAGAUGAAGCAUUUUUAACUACCUUGCAAUUAAAAGAUAUCAAAGAUAGUGAAGGGAAAACUAUAAAAGUCUCAAUUGAGUCUAGCCAUCCAGUCGAAUGGGUUGAGGAAGAUAAUUACAAGUUUGGGCUGAGUGCAUUUCAAGACGAUUUGAAACAUUGGCUCCAGGAUGAUAGCGUAGUCCGACCGGCAAAGUUCCAUAAGAUUUUGUCAGACUGGAUUGAAGAGGGUGCUUGUUUGGAAGACCUUAGUAUUUCCAGGCCAAUUAAUAGGGCACCAUGGGGUGUUCCAGUUCCUGAGGAUGAAUCACAGAGUAUAUAUGUGUGGUUAGAUGCUUUGGUAAAUUAUUUAACAGCCCUUGGAUACCCUGAGAAAAGUUAUAAGAAAUUUUGGCCUCCUGAAAUGCAGGUCAUUGGGAAAGAUAUUCUCAAAUUCCAUGGAGUAUAUUGGCCAGCGUUUUUGAUGGCUGCAGGUCUUGAACCACCGCGAAGUAUAUUAUGCCACUCGCAUUGGACUGUUGAUAGUCAGAAAAUGUCCAAAUCAAAGGGUAAUGUCAUUUCACCAUUUGAUGCGGCAGAUUUUCUCACAGCAGAUGGUCUACGAUAUUUCCUCUUGAGAGAAGCCGUACCAUAUAGUGAUGCAAAUUAUAGCAAAACCAAAGCAAUCAAUGUGGUAAAUUCUGAGUUAGCAGACACUUUCGGAAAUUUGUUGAGUCGAUGUACGGGAAGUAUCAUCAAUCCUGGCAAGGAGAUUCCGCACCCAGCAAUAUAUGUGAAAGAGCUCCAAACGGAAGCAGCCAAAAGUCUGAUGAUCUCAUUACAGUCUUUGCGUACAGAGGCACAAAUUAGCUAUGAAAAAUGUAACCUUCAUCAUGUUGUUGACUCAGUUAUGACUACGUUACACCUAGCCAAUCAAAUGGUUGAACACCACAAGCCUUGGAUACUUAGGAAGCAAACUGAUGAUGAAUCGAAGACUAAAUUGAUGGGCACUAUAUCAUUGGCUUUGGAGAGUAUUAGAAUAUGCGGAUUGAUUUUAUAUCCUAUUGUACCUAAAUUAAGUGAAACCGUAUUAAACCUACUUAAUGUACCUAAAAGUAAGAGAACAUGGGAGGAGACAGUUCCAGCGUUUCUCAGUGAUGAGGGAUCGAACUUAGGAACAUUGGCCACUGAUAAACCCAUACUAUUUAAGAGGAUAAUGAAUUCAGAAGGGUGAAUGUGCUUGUUACAGUUCUUCACAUGAACUGGAAGUCUUAUAUUCAUACUAUUUACAGAGUGCAACAAUUUCUUGCAUUUUGAGAAACACGGUACAAGAUGGGAAACACGAUGCCGUAAAAAGUUAGUGUGUGAAUGAUUUGGAAAAUGGAAUGUUUGGAUAGUUAAAUAAAAAAUACAUUUUUAUUGUA